AUGCCGUCCUAUCUCAUCACCGGCGGAAGUCGAGGACUGGGCUACGCCUGGCUGAAGCACCUCUCCUCCAACCCGCAAAACACCGUAAUCGGACUAGUUCGCGAUAAAUCCUCACCGCAUAGCCAUCCAUUAGCAGAUCGACUGACCAAUGUCCACCACGUCUGUGCCGACAUCACCGACCCCAAAGCCCUGCAGACAGCGGCUGAGCAGGUCCGCGCCAUCACCGGCGGGGGCCUGGAUGUGCUGAUCAACAACGCCGCCAUCUUGACCCCGACCAGCGCCUUCACACCGAUCACGGACCUGUCGCCCGGGGUCCUGGAGCGCGACAUCUUACAGUCAUGCCGCACGAAUGUGGUAGGGGUGGCGCACACCGUCAACGCAUUCCUGCCGCUGAUUCGAAAGGGGAGGGCCAAGAAAGUGAUCACCAUCUCGUCCCUGCUGGCCGAUCCGGACCUCGUCCGAAACUUCGCGUUGGACAACGCGAUGCCCUACGCGAUCUCCAAGGCGGCGGCCAACCUCCUCAUGGCCAAGUAUCAUGCCUCGCUUGGGGCGACGGAAGGGAUCCUGUUCAUGGCCAUCAGCCCCGGCGCCGUGUCCAAGCCCGAUACGGCCCCGUCCGAGGGCGAGGCGGAGGGAAGACGGCGGAUGGCCGCCAAGCUGCAAGCGUACGCGCCGCAUUUCUCGAGGCCGAUGACGAUGGAGGAGAGUGUGCGCCGGCAACUGGAGGUCAUCGAGAACGCGACCGUGGAAUUACAUGGAGGAGCGUUUGUCAGCCACUUGGGGAAUAAACAGUGGUUGUGA